CCGCCCCGCUCCGGGACCCGGAGUCGGCGCUCGCGCGCUGGCCCCGCUGGGCGGCUGAGAGGGGCGGGGAGGACACCCGCCCUCCUGCCCCGACACACAGCCAUUCCCCGCAGCGCUCCGCUCGGGGCGGCCGCCACCAUGUCCGCCCAGAGCCUGCUGAACAGCGUCUUCUCCUGCUCCUCCCCGGCCGCCGCCUCCUCCAAGAGCCUCUCCAAGCGGCGGCUCCGCCAGACCCGCAGCCUGGACCCAGCCAUCAUCAGCAGCUACAACCAGGAGGAGGGGGACGCCCUGGCCAGGACGCCCCGAGCCAGGGCGGCUGGCGGCCCCUCGGCGGAGUGCCUGGCCGCCUUCUCCUCCCGCGCCCUGCUGCGCCCGGGGGGCGGCUCGCUCUGCGGCUCGCUCUCCACCCCCAACACCCCGCUGGAGAAGUCCCCCUCGGGCAGCUUCCACUUCGAGUACGAAUCCAGCCCCCGGGGCAAGAGGAACACGGCCUGGGAGCUGCCUUUCCUGGCGCGCACGCCCUCCGCCUCCGCCCUCAGCGCCCCUGGCGGCGGCGCCGGCAGCAACAGCAUCUUCUUCUCCCCGAGGAAGUGGCUCCAGCAGAGAAAGGGGCAGCAGGCGCCCAGCAGCCACCCGUCCUCCUACAUCGUGUGGAAAUCCGAGGGUGACUUCACGUGGAACAGCAUGUCAGGACGCAGUGUUCGGCUGAAGUCAGUUCCUGUUCAAAGCCUUUCGGAGUUGGAGCGUGCCCGACUACAGGAAGUAGCUUUUUAUCAGUUGCAGCAGGACUGUGACCUAGGUUGUCAGAUUACUAUUCCCAAAGAUGGACAAAAGAGGAAAAAAUCCUUAAGAAAGAAACUGGACUCAUUAGGGAAGGAGAAAAACAGAGAUAAAGGUCACAGUACUAUGGCAAUGUGCAGUAUGGAACUUUUAGCAGGGUCCACUCAGAUAAUCACUGUGUGA